ACGUCCACUGGGGGCGAAGCGAGGUGUUUGUUGGUUUGUCUUGGUUUGGGUUGGUUUCUUCCUCCGAAGAGGGCUAUGCCGAGUCGCCCCGAGGAUUACGACGUCCUCCUCACCAUCGGCGCCGGGUCCUAUGGCAGGUGCCAGAAGGUGCGGCGGAAGGCGGACGGCAAGGUCUUGGUCUGGAAAGAACUUGAUUAUGGAUCUAUGACAGAAUCUGAAAAGCAAAUGCUUGUUUCUGAAGUGAACUUGCUCCGUGAGCUGAAGCAUCCAAACAUAGUCCGAUAUUAUGAUCGUAUAAUCGACAGGACAAAUACAAUGCUUUAUAUUGUGAUGGAAUUUUGUGAAGGUGGAGACUUGUCUUCACUUAUUGCAAAAUGCACAAAAGAAAGGCACUAUCUGGAUGAGAAUUUUGUCCUUCGAGUUCUUACUCAGUUGACCUUGGCCUUGAAGGAGUGUCAUAGGCGAAGUGAUGGGGGUCACACUGUCCUUCAUCGGGACCUAAAGCCAGCAAAUAUCUUCCUUGAUGGAAAGAAAAAUGUGAAGCUGGGUGACUUUGGCCUUGCUAGGAUUCUUCACCAUGACACUAGUUUUGCCAAAACAUUCGUUGGUACACCAUACUACAUGUCUCCGGAACAAAUAAACCGCAUGUCCUACAAUGAAAAAUCUGAUAUCUGGUCUCUAGGAUGUCUUCUAUAUGAGUUGUGUGCAUUGUCGCCUCCAUUUACUGCCUUUAACCAAAAAGAGUUAGCAGAAAAAAUAAGGGAAGGAAAAUUCAGACGAAUCCCAUAUCGUUACUCAGAUCAGCUAAACGAACUCAUCACAAAGAUGCUGAACCUAAAGGAUUACUGUCGGCCUUCAGUUGAAGAAAUCCUGCAGAACACUUUGAUAGCGGAUUUGGUAUCUGAGGAGCAAGGGAGAAUCUUGGAGAGAAGGGGACGACGGUCAGGAGAACAAGAUAAAGUUGAAAGGCUUUCUGGAACGCCGGUGAAUGAGCUGAAACUAAAGGAGCAGCAGCUGCAAGAGAGGGAGAGAGCCCUAAAAGAGAGAGAGUAUAGACUGGAACAGCGAGAGCGGGAGCUGUGUGUUCGAGAGAGACUGGCAGAGGACAAAUUGUCUAGGGCUGAGAACUUGAUGAAGAAUUACAACCUACUCAAGGAGCAGAGACUCAUGCUGCCAUCAACUUGCCCAGAUGAUGAAGUACAUUUCUUUCCUACAAGAAAAAAGAAGGUCCAGUUUGGUGAUGAAAGUAAAGAAAAUGAGCAGUCUGUCAACAGCCUGGAAAAUUUCCCCCUCCCUAAAGAAAAAGAGUGUAACCUAAAGAAACGUCUCUAUGCUGCUAACCUGCGCGCUCAAGCUUUGUGCGAACUGGAGAAGCACUAUCAGCUGAAAAGUCGCCAGCUCCUAGGAAUGCGCUAAAACCAUUCUCGUUUGCACAUUAUAUGUAUAUAUAUAACUGUCAUUUUUUUAUGUAUUGUCAUUUUAUAUAUCCUCUUUUAUGUGUUUAUAGUGGAAAGGAUGGGUAGGCUGGUCUUAGAAAAAGUCUAAAACAUUUCAAAUUGUAUGUAAAAGCAUAGCUUGGUAGCAUAUAUUUAGAUCUCGCUCUUCCUAGACAGUUUGCAUUCUGAUGCUCUGCUUCCAAUACUGUGUGAGGAAACCAGCCUAGUUCUAGUGUUAAACAUUGAUGGAGGAGGUAGGUGAGUAAGUGGUUGUCAGUUUUUUUAAAUGUUUAGGAUGUACUUUUUAAAAAACAAACAAUACUUCAGAGAAAAGUUACUCUACCCUGUCAAAAAGGAGACUAUUUUUUAAAAAGCAAUUUCUAAACUUUUUUUUCCUGACAAAAAUACUAUCAUUAAUCUGAAGGACAACAUCCCCAUUGUAUCAGUGAAAAUGCUAAAUUUUGAAUUACCAAGUUCAUACUGAUUCAAUAAAGGGGUCUGCUUUAGGUGAGACGAGCAAUUAGAUUUAGGCCCAUAUACAGCUUCCUGAUUUUUCUCCUUAAACACAAGAGGCAGAGGCUGUAUGACUCUGACAGCUAUUAGACUACAGUUCCCAUCACCCCUUACUAGUAGACAUGCUCUCUGAGUCUUAUGAAAGAUUGAAUGCAACAUUUGGAGGGGCAGGUUUCCCACCCCUGCUCUAGGAUCAUAGCCGAUAUCUUGCUUCUUCCCCAUUAGUGCUUAAGAUGCUUGGAUUACUGUUGUUGGAAGUGUCUGCAAAAAUGGUACAUUGCCUCAUUUAUAAAGGGGGUUUGGUUCAAACUAACUUGCAGUAUUCCUAUCCAAUGCCUUCUGAACCCGUGAUACCAGAUGAAAGUCAGUAUAAAUCAGAAUUUGUCUGGAGGAAGGAAACCUUAGAAAACAACCUAGAAUCAGUUUCCUUUUGUUAAAGGGUGAUCUCACCAGAGCAUUAUUUAUACAUUAAAUAAGAAAUCAAACAGAA